UGACGCCAUAUUGGCAUUUCUGUUGUAAUGAUCUGGUUUGUACGAAAUUAUAAAGCAAUACGCUGUUUCUUUGUGAAAGAAAAGUUGACAGAUAAUAUUUUAUAAGAUGUCUUUGACAUGGUUUCAGCAAUGGUCCAGUGUACAAAGGUAAAAUAAUUUGAUGAUAGUUCUGAGGGUUUGAAUAUGAUGAUUAUACGGAUUCAUCUGACUCUGUAUCAGAAUGUGGACAUCCCAGACGCAGGCUCAGCCACAGCCACAGCUGCAGCAGCAACAGCAGCAGUCAAACCUGCGUACCUUGGGGAUGACUUCAGCCAUUAGCACAGCUGUACCCAAACAGAUUGAUUAUCAGAGAACAGCAGAGUUGCAGGAAGUUCUCAAACCUUACAAUGUGUUUGAAACGGAUGAGGAGCUGAAUCAUCGGAUGGAAAUCCUCAGCAAGUUGAACUCCCUGGUCAAGGAGUGGAUCCGUGAGGUAUCAGUCAAACGGAACAUGCCCCUGAAUCUGGCAGAACAAGUGGGUGGGAAGAUAUAUACAUUUGGGUCAUACCGUCUGGGUGUUCACCACAAGGGAGCUGAUAUAGAUGCUCUCUGUGUGGCUCCAAGACACAUCGAUCGCUCUGAUUACUUCACUUCCUUUUUUGAGCUCCUGAAGCAACAGAAAGAAGUGACUGAUCUUAGGGCAGUGGAAGAAGCAUUUGUUCCUGUUAUAAAAAUGAACUUUGAUGGCAUUGAGAUAGACAUGCUGUUUGCCAGAUUAGCAUUGAAGGAAAUUCCAGAUACAAUGGACCUACAGGAUGAUUGUCUGCUCAAGAACCUGGAUCAGAAGUGUGUACGAAGUCUGAAUGGUUGCCGGGUGACAGACGAAAUCUUGAGGCUUGUACCUAAUAUUGAAAACUUCCGACUUGCUCUCAGAGCCAUUAAGCUUUGGGCCAAAAAACAUGGAAUUUACAGUAAUGCUUUGGGCUACCUUGGUGGAGUUUCCUGGGCCAUGCUGGUAGCACGCACAUGUCAGUUGUACCCCAAUGCAGUAGCCGCCACACUUGUUCACAAGUUCUUCCUUGUAUUCUCCCAGUGGAAGUGGCCACAACCUGUUCUACUCAAGCAGCCUGACACUGUCAACUUAGGCUUUCCUGUCUGGGAUCCUCGGGUGAACGUUUCAGACCGAUACCACCUGAUGCCUAUUAUCACACCAGCGUACCCGCAGCAGAAUUCAACUUUCAAUGUGUCAAUAUCUAACCGCACUAUCAUGCAGGAGGAGUUCAAGCAAGGCCUGGCUAUUACUGAGGAGAUUAUGGUUGGCAAGGCAACAUGGGAGAAGCUUUUUGAACCACCCAAUUUCUUUAUCAAAUACAGGCACUUCAUAGUGUUGCUGGCAAGCUCUUCUUCGGCUGAGGAUCAGUUGGAGUGGGUUGGUUUGGUGGAAUCCAAGGUGCGUCAUCUGAUUGGAAACCUAGAGAGGAACAUACACAUCACAUUGGCACAUGUGAACCCAGAGUGCUUCUCACAGUUGGAACCAGAACCAGACAAGUUCUGCACGAUGUGGUUCAUUGGCUUGGUUUUUGCCAAGACUGAAAACCUCAAUGUUGAUCUCACAUAUGACAUUCAGUCCUUCACCGACUCUGUUCACCGACAAGCCGUACAAAUAAAAAUGUUGAAGGAUGGUAUGAAAAUUGAAGCAAGACAUGUUAAAAGGAGACAGUUACAUACAUACCUAUCACCAAGUCUCUUGAAGAAGGACAAAAGGAACAAUGUUACUCCUAAUAUUACACCACUGCAGCCCCUUAAUGGUGAUAGUCCUGCGGUUGAUGGUGCCCCUAGUAAUCCAGUAAGCAGGAAGCGACCUUCAGACACUGCUGCUGAGAACCCACGCAAGAAAGUCAAGACAGGAGAGGAAAACUUGAACCAGAGUGAUGAUUUGCCUAGCAAUUCGAUAGUAGUUCACUGUGGUGAUGACUCCAGCUCAGCAGAAGACCAAGGGCUAAAUGCUGGCGAGGAGAGACCACUGCCUCCUAUAUCUAGCUCUCCAAUUACUGCAAAAGAAACAUCGAGUACACUCCAGGAAGGCUUCAUUUGUACGUGACCAUUCAGCAUCAGAACCUCAGUACCUUAAUUGAAAAUGGUAUGCAAUCUCCAGGAGUUAACCAUGUUUUCUAUUUUUAAUAUGCAUUUGUUGGUGAUGAAAGAGCAGUGCUGUGGUGACACGUGUUUCAGUUGAAGUGAACAUUCCAUUACUCCUGAAAUUUAUAAAUUUGACUUUUCCCAAGGCUAUGUCAGUACAGCGGUUGAUGGGCAUAUGUUGCCUCAUUUGUGUUUUGUUUUGCUUUGAGAAGGUAUCCUGAAACUGGGAUUUCCUAAAGUGUUGAUAAUAUUGGGUUUGCAGUAAGCUGUGAGACGAUUGUGAGGUAGUUGUAAUUGAAUCCCAUUGAGUAACGAAACAUGUAUAAUGUUGAUUCUGUAAUACAGGAGGGCUUAUGCUGAUGCAGACAUUAUUGUGAAUCUGGCAGGAUGAUGAACUCAGUAGUGCUCUUGCCUGUUUGCCUCCCUUCCUGCACUAUCUAGAAGUGACAUUUUAUAGCUGACGAGUGUCUUGUGACUGUGUCAGUUGCACUAGUGCUGCUGGUUUCCCAGUGGGUGUCCGAAAGUGCAACAAAGAGUAUAAGUGGCUGGAACAUCUCCAGCAUUAGUGCAAUCAUUUCUUUUUCCUUCCUUAUAUUAUUAACAUGUAUUUUUUUAGGAUUGUGACAUUUUUCAUUGUGAUAGUGAAAAAUGUUGCUUGUUUUUUUUUCCAAAUGAAAUAUAAUGAAAAUUAUAAAAAUAUGUCAAAAUAUAGACAUUUUAAUUUAAUUAUUUUCUUCAUUGUACUUCCUUAAUUUUUGUUUCAAAUGACUGUAAAUAGAGGAAUGCUUAGUGUGAAUUUUUGUCAGUUUUAUAUAAAAACCAUUGUGUAAACAGAAUUGUUUCAUUUUGUGACAAUGUUUGUGUUUCUCAGUGUGAGUGUAAUGUUGUGAUUUCCCCUGUGAAACUCCAGUCCCACAAGCUUGUCCAGGUAAGUGUGUGCCUGGGUUACUGCAUUACUUUAGAACUGAGAUUGCAUUCUUUGACUACAGCUUGACCAUUAGUACUCGUACUAUUGAUACUUGGAACAUUUUUUUCAUUACUACAAAGAGAGUGGUUCCUCAAAUUCCAUUGUUUAUGUUAGAAACAAGUGCCUGGUCAUUGAAUGUUGGUUCAGGAAAAAUCUCCAUAUUUGCUGAUUUCCUUGCAUUUUAGCUUGAGAUAUUGAGAAACCAUUCUCUAAAAUUGAAAUGUGAUUCAUCUAUCAAGAGUGUGAAGAAGAGGGAGGAACAAACCUCUCCUGUUCUAUUGACGUCAUUAAUUACUUAGGCUUGGUGGGAUUCAGUAAUUGUUAUCAGUUUCCUGUUUUGGAAUCUUUGGAGUGUGAAUUGGCUUUGGAUAAAAUGUCAAAAAAAGGUCUGGUUAUGUUUGGUAGCUAACUUUUUUAUGUAUUUUAUCAUUCUCAGAUUCCAGAGAGAUUGAAAUCUCUAAUCUAGAAAUGUAUUGAAGAAAGCCUGGUUAUUCAUAGUUCGAUGUAUAUGUUCUGGCAAAUGAAUAAAAUAACUCUUGAGAGGAA